AUGCAAAUCGCUAAUUAUUAAAUUGAACUACCCAUUUCUUUAGACUUCUCUUACUAAUUGUUAUAUCGAGGAUUCGAUGAAACCAAGUAAUCCUACUACAUCACUAUCUUCCCUAAAUCUGAAUUAGACUCUAAUAUGUAUGAAAACUUAAUCAAAAAAAUUCAAUUGUACCCUUACAUCAAAGAUGCUAUCGAAGAUGAAAACAAUCUACUCAUCUCUUAUUCGAACAGCAACACCUGGAUUAAAAUGCCCCCCAAAAUUACAAACGAUCAAUUCAAUGCGUAUCUGAAACAAUUAUAUACUCUCUAUUCGUUGGAUACAUUAGGAAUCUAUGACUUCAAUCCCGACUUUCUUUACAUAGAUCAAAAGACUGUCUACGCUAUUGAUUUUGGCCUACGCUAUUCUCUCUGCUAAAUUAAAUACCAACAACGAUACAAAAAUAAUUAUAAACAAGACCAAUUGAUGAAAACCUGGAUGUUCGGCUCUUUGCUUUAUUGUCUUGCAACUGGAACCUAGGAUCCAAGUUAUCUCAUUAAACUAAAUCAAUAACAAAUCAACUAUCACAUUGAAUACAAUUGUAGACAGAAUAACCUUAGUGAAGAGAAUAUUCGUUUUCUUGAAAUCUUACUUCAAGUAGAUUACGAUAUGCGUCCUGCAUUUGAUCAACUUGCACACCUAUUCUAAUUACAACAGACUCAAGUGAACAAAAUGCAAUCCCAAACAUCUUUCCAUAGUAAUCAAUAAAGAUCAAUUAAAAAAGUAGAUAAUCUCAAUGAGAAUGUCUAUCGCUCAAUUUCCAAAUCCACAUUUACCUAAUCAUAUUCCAAAUUUGUACCUACUUUGCAUCAUAGCAAAAUUAAAAUGGCAUUAAAGUAAAAUAUCUACUCUUCUUCUUAAAAAGAUUUGAAGUAAUCUAAAAUUAAUUAAUAUCAAUAUGCCUCUUAAGUGAUUAAAUCCAAUCUGUCACUUAAACAUGGACAAAUUAUCAAGAACCUUUCAACCACUAAAUCUUUCUAUAAUUAAAAUUAAACCUCAAAUAAGACUACCCUAAAUGAAUAAUAUUACAAUAAUACCAGAAACAAUUAAUAGAAUCUAUCACUUAAUAUUGAUGCUAUUAAUCAAAGCAGAAGUACGUCAUUCAACAUCAAAUAAAUAGAAUAACAAUCCAUUGCAUAAACUAAUCAAAUGGUUAUCAAACAAAAGGAAAUAAAUAAUUUGGAAACCAAAAAGAAACCAAAAAUGAAUUAAAUUAACUCAUUUGAAAACGAUCUCUUCUAUUAAGAGGAGGUUAAUGAGGAUGAUUUUAUUUUUUGA